UUGAAAUCAAAAGUAUAGUUAUGAUGGGGCUGAAAUUAAAUUGAUGGGGUCGAAGCUGUCUGUUCAAAUCCAAUUAAUGCUGAUCAACAUAUUAGGAUGUUAGAAUCUGAAACAUCUAAAUCCAUCAAGAAGUUUGUUCUGAGCUCAAUAUCUAUACGAAACGAAGUUGCUUCUAGAAACUAUGCCUAUGCAGCGGAAAUCAAACUUGCUGGAGAGGAGAAAUAGUAUAUCAACUACUGAGAGGAAAGUUGUUUGUCCCCAAAUAUCACCAGCACUCUAUGCUACCCCUAAACCACCCCGACUUCCGGAUUCACCAUCUUCAUUUUCACCAUCCCCGUAUAUUAUUAAUCACAAGCGACGGGGGCCACGCCUUUUAAAGAGCUUUUCGGAGGAUGACAUUGCAUUGCGUCUCAAAGACUUGGAUGGUGGUGAUAAGAUUAAUGAGAAUGCAAAGAAUGCGGAAGACCAAGUUAUUGAGUCAAAAUUUCAAUCCGCAACUUCCUCCAUUUCGGAUUCUGUUGAAGAGAGGAAAAUAAAUGGUGCACAUGAUGUCUCUAGUAUUUCAGGGCAUAUGAAUGCUCUCGAUGGUGAGGAAAUUGGAAGCCGUGAUGGCGAUAUUACGAGCAUAAUUGCAAGAAAUGGCUCCUCUAAGGAAUCAACGAGUUACACUAGCGACAUCAAUGGCGAGGAAUGUUUUGCAAUGGAAAGUUGUGUGCCGCUAGCUUCAACUAUCCCUAUGGGGGACUUUUAUGAUGCUUGGGAAGAGCUUUCCUCUGAUAGUGGGCUGCAGCCUUCUCUCCGUGAUAUUGAAGCAGAAUUACGUGAAAUGAGAUUAAACUUGUUGAUGGAAAUCGAUAAGCGAAAGCAAGCAGAAGUAACUCUGAAUAAUCUGCAAAAUCACUGGCACUCGAUCAAGGAACAAUUAACCCUAGUAGGCUUGACUUUCCCUGCGUUUCCUUUCGCCUUUCCAAAGGGUAAGCUAUCAUCGAAUAUUGAUCCUGCAGAAGACCUGUACCAGCAGGUUUAUCUUGCUAGGGUUGUGUCAGAUUGUAUCGGAAGGGGCGUAGCUAAAGCUGAGGUGGAGGUGGAGAAGAAAGCUCAGAUUGAGGCUAAAAACUUUGAGAUUGCUCGAUUAUCGGAUCGGCUUCAUUAUUAUGAAGCUGCGAAUCAAGAAAUGUCUCACAAGAACCAAGAAGCUGUAGAGAUGGGUCGGCGUAGCAGGCAGGUAAGGAAGAAGAAACAGAAAUGGAUUUGGGGUUCUAUUGCGGCACUGGUUUCCCUUGGCACUGCAGCUUUAGCAGGUUCUUACCUUCUACCAAAGCAAGAAUCUACAUUGCCUCCUAAAACUGAUGAUAGAGCCAACUUGUGAGUUAGUUAUGCGAAUCCAGGAAAAAUAAGUCUUUGAAGUCAUGUCAAAGAAAAAUAAUAACCAAAAGUUAAAUUAUUUUACAUGUUCAUAGAAAUUUAUUGCUUAAUGUAGGAUCUAUAUAAGUAAUUUGGCUAGAAUUUUUGGUUUCUUGGCUCAAUUCAGACCGUUGAGGGUGGUUUUUGGUAGUAAAUUUCUACCUUAGAUUCGAAAUCAUACCAAACAAUUUUUUUUUGAUACGGCCCGGUUUGGAGAAGUCGACAGUCUGGAUAUUUUUAUGGUUCUGGAUAGUUUGAGUGGUUUUUGACUUGGAUACAGGGAUCUUCAGAACGUGUGCACAGCCAGCCCUACCGUAUCUGUUGCUAGCAACCUGAAGGCAGUGAAUUCUGAUUCUGGCCACUUAUUUAGAGUAUUUUUAUGAUUUGUUUUCUCAGAGAUGUACAUAAUGGAAUUUAUUAGAUGUGAGCAAUUAUCCAAUUAGAAGAGUUAAUCUUGUAA